GGGGCAACAAGGGCAACAUGGGCAACAAGGCAAAAGGGCAACAUAGGCAACAAGGGCUACAAGGACAACAAGAGCUACAUGGGCAACGGGGCAAAAGCGCAACAUGGGCAACAUGGGCAACAAGGGCAACAAAGGCAACAUGGGCGACACAGGAAACAUGUGCAACAGGGCAAAAGGGCAACAUGGGCAAAAAGGGCCACAAGGGCAACAAGGGCAACAUGGCCACCAUGGCCAACAAGGGACACAUGGGCAACAUGGCAACAUGGGCAACAAGAACAACACACCCAACAAGGGCAACAUGGGCAAGAGGGCAACAAGGGCAACACGGGCAACAUGGCCAACAUAGGCAACAUGGCCAACAUGGGCAACAUGGGCAAAAGGGCAAAAGGGCAACAUGGGCAACAAGUGCAGCAUGGGCAACAUGGCAACACAGGCAACAAGGGCAACAUGGGCAACAGGGGUAACAUGGGGAACAAGGGCAACAGGGCAAAAGGGCAACAGGGCAAAAGGACAACAGGGGCAAAAGGGCAACAUGCACAACAAGGAUACCAUGGGCAACAUGGCAACACGGGCAAAAAGGGCAACAAGGGCAACAUGGGCAACAUGGGCAACAGGGCAAAUGGGCAACAAGGGCAACAUGGGCAACAAGGGCAACAGGGCAAAAGGGCCACAUGGGCCAUAAGGGCCAUAGGGGCAACAAGGGCAACAUGGGGAAUGGGGCAAAAGGGCAACAUGGGAAACAUGGGCAACAAGGCCAACAAAGGAAAGACGGGCAAUAUGAGCAACAUGAGCAAUAGGGCAAAAGGGCAACAUGGGCAACAAGGGCCACAAGGGCAAGCAGGGAAACAUGGGCAAUGGGGCAACAGAGCAAUGUGGGCAACACGAGCAACAAGGGCAACAAAGGCAACAUGGGCAACAUGGACUACAUGGCGUGGACAACAAGAGCAACAUGGGCAACAAGGGCAACCGGUCAACAAGGGUAACAUGGGCAACAAGGGCAACAUGGGCGACAGGGCAAAAGGGCAACAAGGCCAACAUGGCCAACAUGGACAACAUGGACAACAGGGCAACAAGGGCAACAUGGCCAACAUGGGCAACAGGGCAAAAGGGCCACAUGGGCCACAUGGGCCACAAGGGCCACAGGGGCAACAAGGGCAACAUGGAGAACAGGGCAACAGGGCAACAUGGGCAACAAGCGCAACAAAGGAAACACGGCCAACAUGAGCAACAUGAGCAAUAGGGCAAAAGGCCAACAUGGGCAACAAGGGCCACAAGGGCAAGAAGGGAAACAUGGGCAAUGGGGUAACAGAGCAA